AUGGAGCAGCUCUGCGCCUGCGCGACGCCCCGGACGGGAGAGAGAAGGGUGAAGGGGCGCCGAGCUGGCUUCCUAGAGAGGACAGGAAAGGAAGGCGGGCCGCUCCCCCUCCUCCCCCUCCUCCCCCCUGACGUCCCUUCCGGCCUCGCCUUCGCCGGCCGGGCUCUGGUGGGUCUCCUCUCGGGCGAAGCCUGCGGAACUCCCUGCCCCGCGACGCUGAGGUAACAUCAUGGCUCUCGAGCCUGGGCGGUUCUCAGCUCCUUGGCUUUCCUCUUCCUCCUGCCCAGGACCAGGCUCGGCCUGGCUUCUCCUUGGCCCGGGAGGGGGAGGGGCGACAGAGGGCGGAGCCUGCCAGCGGACCCGCCCCCCGCCCCGCCCCCCGAGCCCCGGACAGGAAUGGUCUCUUUCCCAAGCUUCCCGGGAGUUUUCAGGCUCGAGGGGGCAGCUGGACGGUGUCUCCUUCGCAAACUACGGUUCCCAAGACUCUUUGGAGUCUGGCUUGGCCGGGGGGGGGGGCUCUCUUUCUUUUAUUUCCCCUUAUUUUUCAUUCUUUCAAUAGAUGUCGUUCAUGUUUGAAAGGAGAUGGACGAAAGUGGGCAUCCAAUACCCCCUAUCUUUUUAUCAAAGAUAAAAUCAAGGAAUCUAAAUAA